AUGGGUCUCCGAAAUUCUAAAGAUAAUAAAAUAUUUUAAGAAGGAACAACAACAUAAUAAUCAUCUCCUAAUAGUAUAAAUAUAUAAAUCUUAAAAGCAAGCAGCCGAGUUGAUAUAUCAGUUGAUAAUUAAAAAUCUAAUCCCUCAAAGUUCAAAAAAGGUACAAACAAAAAUUAUUUUUUUAGUUUCAACUUUAAUCAAGUAAAGUAAAUUUAAUGAAGCUAUGA